GUGUAUAUUUGUAGGUAGAUAGAUACAGAGGUUUCUCAGACCUCAACAAUGGCAGGUGGAGACCAAGACCAGAAGAGGGUUUUGGAGAAAUUAAGGAAACAGCUUGCUCUUGCAGUUAGGAGCAUCCAAUGGAGCUAUGGAAUCUUUUGGUCCAUUUCUGCUAAAAAACAUGGUGCGUUGGAAUGGGGCGACGGUUACUAUAACGGAGAUAUUAAAACAAGAAAAACAGUUCAAACUGUAGAAGUGGAUACGGAUCAACUCGGUUUACAACGAAGUGAUCAACUCAGAGAACUUUACGAGUCUCUAUCGUUAGGCGAAGUCAUCCCUCAACCUAAAAGGCCUACAGCUGCUUUAUCGCCCGAAGAUCUAACCGAUGCCGAGUGGUAUUUCUUGGUUUGCAUGUCGUUUGUAUUCAAUGUCGGACAAGGGUUGCCUGGAAAGACAUUAGCGAAAAACGGGACAGUUUGGCUACGCAAUGCACACCGUGCAGACACCAAAGUCUUUUCUCGUUCUUUGCUUGCAAAGAGUGCAUCAAUCAAGACAAUAGUAUGCUUUCCACAUUUAGACGGUGUCGUUGAGCUAGGAACAACCGAACUAGUUCCGGAGGAUCGGAAUCUGGUUCAGCAUGUAAAAACAUCGUUCUUGGAGGGCCUUUCUGAAGAUUUUCCCGAUGUUCCGACGAAUAGCACCGACCUCGACUGUGAAGUGCUCGAUCAUGCUAUUACGGAUUGUGGUGACGUGGAAGUUUCCUCCCCCGAGAGCAGUUCAGGUGAUUUUGCUGACAAUUUGCUGAGAGAGGAGUCGAAUAAUUUAAUAGACGAUAUUGAUAAGGAGGCUUCUCAAAUGAUGAGCUGGCAAUUUAAGGAUGAAGCCAACAGUAACAAUGGCCCGAACAAUUCCACAAGCUCCAGCGACUGUGUGUCUCAAACUCGUGAAAAUCACGCGACUGCUGUCCCUUUUUCCGACGUAAAAAUUCAUGAGAAUCAAGAAUGCAAUAAUAGCAACAAUAACAACAACAACAACAAUAAUAAUAAUAAUAAUGUUCAUUACGAGAGUGUACUUUCGAGCUUAUUGAAGAGUUCCAGCCAGUUGAUGUUGGGCCCGCACGUGAGAAACGGGAAUAAAGAAUCAAGCUUUACUGGCUGGGAUAUAAUAUCGUGUUGCAAGACGCACACUACCACAGUGGGGGCCCCACAAAGUUUGCUGAAGAAAGUGCUGUUUGAGGUUGGUAAAAUGCACGAGAGUUACCGGAUUGAAAACGGUAAAAAAGAUGAGAAAAACGAGGAGGAGAUUUCUAAACCGGAAGUCGAUGAAGUUGAUAGAAAUCAUGUGUUGUCUGAGAGGAAGAGAAGAGAAAAAAUAAACGAGAGGUUUAUGAUUCUUGGUUCUCUAGUCCCGUCUGGUGGCAAGGCCGACAAAGUAUCAAUACUCGACCACACGAUUGAAUACUUGAGAGGUCUCGAGAGAAAAGUCGAAGAGCUCGAAUCCAACAAAGAAUCAACGGAGGUAGAAUCCACCACACAAAGUAAAUCCCACGAUGCCAUUGAAAGGACCUCCGAUAAUUACGGCCCCACCAAAACCGACAAUAGCAACAAGAGGCCACUAACCAAUAGCAAGAGGAAAGCUUGUGAUUUGGACAAAACGGGACCCGCUAAUCGAAGGGUUCGAUUGAAAGACUCUUCGACUGACAGCGUAACGAUCAAGAUUUCCGACAAGGAUGUGUUGAUCGAGUUGAGGUGUAUUUGGAGGGAAUCUGUUUUGUCUGAAGUUAUGGAAGCCGUAAAUAAAUUGAAUCUGCAUUCGCAAACUGUUCAAUCUUCUAACAGCGACGGGAUUUUUUCCAUGUCUAUAAAAGCCAAGUGUAAGGGAGUGAAAAGUGCAUCACCAAGUGUGAUGAGGCAAGCUCUUCAGAAAGUUAUCCGAAAGUGUUGAUGAAAAACGGUGCACACGAAUAAUUUAACGAUGCAUCGAUUGUUUUGUGUGUAAACAACUGUAUGAUGUAACUUUAUUAUCAUGUAAUUUUGAAGGGAUUUUUUUUUUUUUUUUUAUUCCAAUUAGUGAUUAUUUUGUUGAGUACGAUGUUACUACGAUGUUACAUUCGGUGAAUUUUAUCGGGUGUGAUUUUGUCAUUCAUAUAUCUUGAUUACUAUUCAAUUUACA